AUGGACUGGCUACAUCUCUACAUCGCCGGCGUGGCCUUCCUCGUCUUCACCCUCGUAGGCCUCGUCCUCUUCGUUUCUUCCCAGCAGGUCAAGGUCGAUUUCAACCAUGGUGUUUUCACUUACCUCAAGUUCGUCUGGGCCAGUUUCCUCAAGCCCCACGACAAGCAGGCCGAGGACCAGCAGGGGGCCCUCGAAAGCUUUUACAAAACUCAGGCCAGCGUCUACGAUGCCACCCGCCGUCGACUGCUCCGAGGCCGCGAGGACAUGCUGGGUCUGGUCGCAGCACAACUGAAGCACAAGGUCGAGAGCAAGGAAAUCAAGGCCGGAAAAGCUGUCUGGGUUGAUAUCGGUGGUGGUACUGGCUACAAUAUCGAAGCCAUGUCGACUUUCCUCCCGGUCGACAAGUUCUUCGACCACGUCUACCUCGUCGACCUCUCCCCGUCCCUCUGCGAUGUUGCCCGCCAGCGCUUUCAGCGUCUGGGAUGGAAGAAUGUUACCGUGAUCUGCCAGGACGCACGAUCUUUUCAGCUUCCUGAAAAACAGGUUGACCCACGGUCGGCGGACACCCCUACCGAUCGUGCGGACAUGAUUACCAUGAGCUACAGUCUUUCCAUGAUUCCAGACUACUACAGCGUCGUGGACUCAUUAACCUCGCGCCUGAAACCAACUGGUCUCAUUGGAGUGUGUGAUUUCUAUGUCCAGAGCAUCGUCGAUGUCUCUACUCGCAACUACACCGGUGGUGCUUUCAACCGCCACGUGAACUGGCUCGGUCGAGUUUUCUGGCGCGCAUGGUUUGACUUUGACCGGGUGAGCCUCGAGGCUGCCCGCCGUGACUACCUCGAGUACAAGUUUGGAACCGUGAUCUCGGCCAGUGAGCGUAACUACCUCCUGGGUGGUAUCCCGUACUACAUCUUCGUCGGUUGCCCCAAGGAGUUUGCUUCCACUCGGUCUAGCCAAACGACCAUCGAGAAGCUGGAUGCCUCGUUCACCGAGUCGCCCUAUCUGCACCCGGCCAACCACCAGAAGGAGAUGGACAUGGAAAUGGAAAAAAGCACCGGCGAGAUUCGAUCCAAGGCUUACGAGUCGGCCGUGAUCAAUCUCAGUGCCAACCUGCCGCUCCCCUGCUCUUUCUAUCAGAACCACCACUACCGCAUCCACUACAAUGAUAUGUUGCCUAAGCACACCCAGUUCCAGAAUGAGUAUAUCUACGCGUUCACCUGGGAAGAUCCUCGCGUUGAUCACCGACUGCUGAGCAUUGGACACGACGAUGUGAUCCUGGCUAUCACCAGUGCCGGAGACAACAUUCUGGAUUACCUGCAGAAGAACCCUCGCCGUGUGCACGCAGUCGACCUGAACCCCAACCAAAACCACCUGCUGGAACUGAAGGUGGCCUGCUACAGCGCGCUGGGUCACCGCGAUAUGUGGAAAAUCUUUGGUGAGGGAAAGCACCCGCAGUUUCGCGAGCUGUUGAUUUCCAAGUUGAGCCCUCAUCUGUCGAGUCAGGCCUUCCAGUACUGGUUGGAGCACAACCAUGUCUUUACCUCUACUUCUGGCUAUGGUCUAUACGAGACCGGUGGUUCACGCCACGCCAUCCGCAUGGUGCGGUGGCUGUUCAAGGUCUUUGGACUGCAGGGUGAGGUUACCAAGCUAUGUGAAGCCCAGAGUCUGGAUGAGCAGCGCGCUAUCUGGCCGCGUAUACGUCGGGUUCUCUUGAGCAAGCCCUUGAACUGGGCUAUCGUGAGUACUGAGUGGUUCGCCUGGAAGGCGGCUGGAGUGCCUCGCAACCAACGCAACAUGAUCGUCGAUGAUUAUUUCCGCCGUAAUGGCUUGAACUCGGAUAUGAAGCAAAGCAAGGAUGUCAGCGGCCAGUCUAUCUGGGAAUAUGUUGUGAAUACCCUCGACCCCGUUGUCAAGGACACCAUGAUCAGUAACGACAACUACUUCUACUACCUGUGCAUGCGCGGGAAUUUCUCGCGACGAUGCCACCCUACUUAUCUGUCUCCCCAAGCUCAUGUCAAGCUCUCUACUCCGGGCGCCUUUGAUGGCUUGCGAAUUCACACCGACGAAAUCAACGAGGUGAUUAACCGCAUUACACCUGGUACAUUGACCAUCGCUGUGGUCAUGGAUUCAAUGGACUGGUUCGACCCCACCGAGGACGCCGCAGCUGCCCAGGCCCGCCGUCUCAACCACGCCCUGAAGAAGGGCGGCCGUAUCCUACUCCGUUCCGCCAGUAUCGACCCCUGGUACAUCAAGCACUUCGAAGAGAACGGCUUCACAGCUCGUCGCGUGGGCGCCCGUUUCCCCGGCACAUGCAUUGACCGUGUGAACAUGUACGCCUCGACCUGGAUCUGUACAAAGAAAGAGGAUCUCAACCGUCCCAAGUCCGGACGAACAAUUUCCGCACUCUCGCUCCCUGAUAGCGCCGUCGGAGGGAAGAGAUCGAAUAGCGUUGAAGAUUUGCAGAUUUGA